AUGUUAUCGCCACUGAGUAUUUUGAUUUUCUCCACGCUUUUAGUGAAUUUCGCUCAGUGUGGUAUUCUAGCACCAUGCCACAUCAACGAUCAAACCUGCUUCGAAAAAUCCGUUAAUGCAGCGCUCCCCCAGCUUCUAUCUGCAGACCCAUCCCUGGGCAUCGACUCCUCUGACCCUCUGGCAGUGGCCACCAUCAGCGGAGAUUUCCCCAUGAUCAAGUUCACUUUGAUGAAUCCUGUAACAACUGGAUUUAAGAAUUGUGACGUCAAGAAUCUGAACAUUAACUUAGACGCUGAAACUUUACACUUCGAUCUGAACUGCCCAAGCCUUCACACAACGGGCAAAUACGACAUUUCCGGUCGUCUCAUCUUAUUGCCUAUAGAAGGGAAUGGAGACUUCGACAUGACAACUGGCCAAUACAACACUAUUGUUGACGCUGAACUGAAACAAGUAAAAGGCGCUGACGGUAAAGCUUACCUUUCCAUCAAUAGUUUCAAACUGAAGAACCAAGCCCUUGGGCCCAUCAAAUUCGAUUUCAAGAAUCUGUUCAACGGAAACAAGGAACAAGCUAGCAAUUUGAUCAAAUUCGCCAACGAGAACUGGAAGGAUGUCGCUGAUCUACUUCAAGAUCCAGUGUGGUAUUCCAACAUGAAGAAAAUCAUUGGUAACGUCGACAAAUAUUUGAAGACAGAGCCCAUUGAUGAAAUCUUCUUGCCCUAA